AUGACUGACCUCCCAAAGUCUCCGCUUUUCGCCGCAAUCGAUAAAAAUGAAACGGAGAACGCAAUGGAAUUGCUGAAAACGAAGGAUCAGGCGAAGGAGAAGGAUGCGACUGGGAUGGGCGUGCUCGCUGCCGCCGCUUACAGGUUUUUUAAAAUUAUCCACCACAUCCAAAAAGACAAACAGACAGACGCCUCUUUUGUUUUAAAUACAAGACUUUUGAAGCCCAGGCCCACUGCGCAUUCUUAUUUAAUAAAAAGUAACGGAGUCUGUCUAUUUCUUUCUUGCUUUCUUUCUCCGUUUGUCCGUCCUUUUUUCAUUUCUGAGUUGGGACGGAGAAAUCAAGAAAUGAAAAGCUGAAAUGAGCGUUUGACGCGGCCUAUAGGCCCGCGCAGCGGAACCCGGCUCUAAAAGUCUUGUGAUGAUUAUAAUUUUGUAUAAUUUUAUUGCUGUUUCCAUUUACAGAGGAAAUUUGAAAGUGGUCGAGAAGGCGAUCGAACUGGGUUCCGAUGUGAACGAAAAGACGGAAGACACGCUCUACACGCCGCUUAUGUUCGCCGGAUUGUCCGGGCAGCAGGACGUGUGUCGCGUUCUGAUGGACAACGGCGCCCGCAUGUAUUCCGUGAACAGCAUCGGGAAGACGGCCUCUGAACUGGCGGCGUUCGUCGGACAUCACGAAUGCGUCGCCGUGAUCAAUAAUCACAUUUCAGUGGAUUUGAUUGAAGAGUUUUUGCGGCCGAAGGUCAACGGAGAGAGAGUCGGAGACGAAGAAUACCCGGACGAACUGGCCACUUUCAUCCAUUCUCUGUGCGGUUCGCACGAAGUUCAUCCGGUCAAAAUUAUCUUCCGAUUCGGCAAGUAUCCCGAUUCGAUCAAAUAUAAAAAGAAGGUGACUCACUCAUAAUCUACUCUAUUUUAAUGCUUCCAUUCAGAUUUUGUACGUGAUUGACCGGGUGUUCGAGAGACAGCUCCGAUGCAAAGAGAGCAACGAGAUCAUGUCGCUCAAGCUGUGGCUCAUCCUCUUUUUCAUGCGCGAGACUGCAAAAUACGUGGAAGCGAACAAAGAGAAGUCUCCGGAAGAAGCUUCUCUUCAAUACGCACGGCUCAUUUCCACGUGGAGUGAGGGGGACGAAGUCCGUCGGCCGUUGGACGUGCUCCUCCGAAAUGCGAUCGUCGCGUUCCCCUACAAGCAUUCUCUGCUCCACGACACUCUUCAGAAGGCGCUUGCGAAGAGCACUGUCGGACAAAGGCCUUCAGCGUACGAGUACAUCAUUCAGUCCCUUUUCGGCCAGCGCAUCGUUGCCGUCUGUCAGUUCUGCUCGGUGUGCGGGCAAGUCGGAGCCAAGAAGCGGUGUCCGCAGUGCAAAGUGAGCACAUUCCUUUGGUUUUCUAGUUUCAGACUGUUAAUCAUACUCUUUUCAGCUCAGUUACUGCACGCAAGAAUGCCAGAAAUUCGAUUGGCCAAUCCACAAAAAAGUGUGCUCUUCGCUGAAAGGAAAUCAGGAAGUGAUGGCGGACACGGUCUCUCUGGAAGACAUUCAAACUCAAAUCGGCCAAAUAGAUAUCUGA